GCGGGCAGUGCCGGCGGGCGGCGGCGGCGGCGGCGGCGGCAUGGGCACCCGGCAGACCAAGGGCAGCCUGGCGGAGAGAGCCAGCCCCGGCGCGGCGCCCGGCCCCCGCCGCGAACGGCCCGACUUCUGGGCGUCGCUGCUGCUGCGCGCCGGGGACAAGGCUGGGCGCGCGGGCGCCGGCGCGGGGCUGCCCCCCUACCACCGGCGCGUCGGCAUGGUCCAGGAGCUGCUGCGGAUGGUGCGCCAGGGCCGGCGGGAGGAGGCGGGGACGCUGCUGCAGCACCUGCGCCAGGACCUGGGCAUGGAGUCGACCUCUCUGGACGACGUUCUGUACCGCUAUGCCAGCUUCAGGAACCUGGUGGACCCCAUCACACACGACCUCAUCAUCAGCCUGGCCCGCUACAUCCACUGCCCCAAGCCGGAAGGCGACGCCCUGGGGGCCACCGAGAAGCUGUGCAGGCAGCUGACUUACCACCUCAGCCCCCACUCCCAGUGGAGGCGGCACCGGGGGCUGAUGAAGAGGAAGCCGCAGGCUUGCCUCAAGGCUGUCCUGGCCGGGAACCCUCCGGACAACACGGUGGACCUGUCCGGCAUCCCGCUCACCUCGCGUGACCUGGAGCGGGUGACCAGCUACCUGCAGCGCUGCGGGGAGCAGGUGGACAGCGUGGAGCUGGGCUUCACGGGCCUCACGGACGACAUGGUGGUGCAGCUGCUGCCGGCGCUCAGCACACUGCCCCGCCUCACCACGCUGGCUCUCAACGGCAACCGGCUGACGCGGGCCCUGCUGCGUGACCUCACCGACACCCUCAAGGACCCCAGCAAGUUCCCCAACGUCACGUGGAUCGACCUGGGCAACAACGUGGACAUCUUCUCGUUGCCCCAGCCCUUCCUGCUCAGCCUGCGCAAGCGCUCCCCGAAGCAGGGCCACCUGCCCACCAUCCUGGAGCUGGGCGAAGGCCCGGGCGGCGGGGAGGAGGCCCGGGAUGGGGCAGCGGGUCAGGACCCGGGGGGCGGCCCCCGGGAUCCUGCCGAAGACCUCGAAGGCAGGGAGAGCGUAGGCACAGUUCAGACAUGACACAGAAGUAGGGGGCCCGGUGGAGCAUGACUGAGGCAGGCUAGGCGUCCCUCUAGGGGCCUCAGGCUGUCACCCAAAAGUGGCCUGGGCAGCCCCACCCAUGGGAGCCAGGCUGUAGCAUCUGGAAAGGGGGUUGAUUAGCACUUCAUAUUGGUCUCCACUGCCCCCUCGCCAAUCUCCUCUGCCUUUUGGCUCCUGAGAAAGCCUCCUUGGCAGAUUUGUGGGUACAGUCUGUUUGGAGAUGCAGAAACCUUGCCCUAAUGUAAGAACUUACCCCCAGGAACAGAAUGUACUUCUGGCCCUACAUCUAACUUCCUAUUUCCUGAUAGAAAUAGGAAGCAAAGUCCAGCCAGAUGCUACCUGACAGCCCAGAUGUGUGCCCCCCACUCCAGGCAGGUUGGAAUCUUCACCCUAACACCUGGCUGAAGGUUGAGGCACUGGCUGCCCAGAGACACCAAGAGCCUAGUCUCCAUCCUUAUGUCGGGUCUACCUCCCCCCCUGUAAAGCCCUGGGGGCUGAGGAAGCACUCCCAUCCGCCUCAGCCUCCGUUUCCGAAGCCCACACCUCCACUUGGGGGGCCAGGGGCCCACUCAAGGACCAGCCACCCCACACCCUUCAGUACAGCGUCCCAGAAGGCCUACACGUACCGGCAUGCAUAAAAAGGCCCACCCAUUAGCGCUGCACCAUCACCCCCACCCCAGCCAAAGUCUACCAGCCCUUUGCUAGGGUUCUCGCGCUGCUAGUGUGCAAGCCCCUUUGGAAGUAUUUUAAGGGUCUCUCUCCUGAAUUUCUUCUCAUGGAGUUCCCAGAGACAAGUGACCCAUGAUAUGGAGCACACUCCCAAUACCUAUGGGAAGCUCCUUAAAAAAACCAAGAUCAUGAGAUGAAACUUCAAACUCUUGGGGGAUCUAUGCCUCCCACAAAGACAGGGAGAAAGAGGUUCCCAAGGGGAGUAAGCAAACGUAUUUUCACCCGAUCUUCUCUUUACUCCAGGCCUACCAGCUAAAUAUCCCUUCUAGGUACAGCAAGCCUAUAUCCAAGGCAUAGACUUCAAGUCCCUCCGAGCCCAUAGAUGGUGACCAGAGCUGCUCAGGCAAACGGCAGACAGCGGGGAAGCACAGCCCGACAAGCCUAGGGCCUCACUGCGGGGCAGGACGCCCACUCACGAAGGCAGCAGGCCAGGGGCCAGGUUAAGGGCCAGAUAUGGGGCCUUGCCCACCCCACUCACAGCUUUGGCCAAGGGUAGUGUAGGAAAGUGUUGGGCUUCAUGAGGUGGAGGCUAUGCGGGAGGACAUGGCCCAAGGGCAACAGAGACUGAAUCAAAGGUUUGAUGCCUUAAAUGCUUUGGAACUUUUACCCUUAGAGUCUGAAGUUGUUACAGAGGCAACAGCUAAGACCGCCCGGAGAGAUGUUGACAAUACCCGGACUGCUCAUACCUAACAGCAGGGAUCAAAGUUUUCUCCAAAUACACAUUUUUAAGAAUCAA